UACAUCAUUAUUUAAUCCAAUAUUAUAUAUGUACAGUUGAAGUCGGAAGUUUACAUAUACCUUAGCAAAAUACAUUUAAACUCAGUUUUUAACAAUUUCUGACAUUGAAUCCUAGUAAAAAUUCCCUGUCUUAGGUCAGUUAGGAUCACCACUUUAUUUUAAGAAUGUGAAAUGUCAGAAUAAUGGUAGAGAGAAUGAUUUAAGUUGGGUGAAUUUUGUCCCAUUCAUCCUGACAGAGCUGGUGUAACUGAGUCAGGUUUGUAGGCCUCCUUGCUUGCACACACACUUUUUCAGUUCUGCCCACAAAUUUUCUAUAGGAUUGAGGUCAGGGCUUUGUGAUGGCCACUCCAAUACCUUGACUUUGUUGUCCUUAAGCCAUUUUGCCACAACUUUGAAAGUAUGUUUGGGGUCAUUCUCCAUUUGGAAGACCCAUUUGUGAAAGCCUUAACUUCCUGACUGAUGUCUUGAGAUGUUGCUUCAAUAUAUCCACCUAAUUUUCCUUUCUCAUGAAGCCAUCUAUUUUGUGAAGUGCACCAGUCCCUCCUGCAGCAAAGCACCCCCACAACAUGAUGCUGCCACCCCUGUCCUUCACGGUUGGGAUGGUGUUCUUCUGCUUGCAAGCCUCUCCUUUUUCCUCCAAACAUAAUGAUGGUCAUUAUGGCCAAACAGUUCUAUUUUUGUUUCAUCAGACCAGGGGACAUUUCUCCAAAAUGUAUGAUCUUUGUCCCAAUGUGCAGUUGCAAACCGUAGUUUGGCUUUUUUAUGGAGGUUUUGGAGCAGUGGCUUCUUCCUUGCUGAGCGGCCUUUCAGGUUAUGUCGAUAUAGGACUCGUUUUACGUGGAUAUAGAUACUUUUGUACCUGCUUUGUACCUGCUUCCUCCAGCAUCUUCUCAUUUUUUGCUGCUGUUCUGGGAUUGAUUUGAACUUUUCGCACCAAAGUACGUUCAUCUCUAGGAGACAGAACGUGUUUCCAUCCUGAGCUGGCUGUGUGGUCCCAUGGUGUUUAUACUUGCAUACUAUUGUUUGUACAGAUGAACGUGGUACCUUCAGGCAUUUGGAAAUUGCUCCCAAGGAUGAACCAGACUUGUGGAGGUCUACAAUUGUUUUUUUGCGGUCUUGGCUGAUUUCUUUUGAUUUUCCCAUGAUGUCAAGCAAAGAGGCACUGAGUUUGAAGGUAGGCCUUGAAAUACAUCCACAGGUACACUUCCAAUUGACUCAAAUGAUGUAAAUUAGCCUAUCAGAAGCUUCUAUAUCCAUGACAUAAUUUUCUGGAAUUUUCCAAGCUGUUUAAAAGCAGUCAACUUAGUGUAUGUAAACUUCUGACCCACUGGAAUUGUGAUGCAGUGAAAUAAUCUGUCUGUAAACAUAAAAUUACUUGUGUCAUGCACAAAGUAGAUGUCGUAACCGACUUGCCAAAACUACAGUUAACAAGAAAUUUGUGGAGUGGUUGAAAAACAAGUUUUAAUGACUCCAACCUAAGUGUAUAUAAACUUCUGACUUCAACUGUAUAUGAGCAGUAGAUGAGAAUGUAGUAUCAGAGGACAAAAUAUGAACCUGAACUCAUAACUUACUGUUCUCUCAUUUCAGCUAUGUGACAGCCUCAAAAAUGAUACUCCUGUGUAAGGGUCUGCAGCGAAUCACAGCCAUCCGCCAGAGAGAAGCAAAUGUAACCACAGGACAUGUGACAGAGUUGAUGGACACCCAAUGUUCAUCAAUGGACAGAAAGUUCCACAGAAUGGAAUAUGAUCAUGCGCUAUCAGAAACCGCUGCACUUGACCCCAGGUUUAAGAAGUUAGCCUUCAGUGAUGCCAGAGCGAUUGAUGAGGCUCUUCAAAGAAUAACCUCAGCAGCAGGGAGGGACAGCCCCAGCAGUCAGCUGGCUCAGGCACCAGGGCAACAGGAGAAAGAGGGAGGGACAGCCCCAGCAGUCAGCUGGCUCAGGCACCAGGGCAACAGGAAGAAGAGGGAUCAGAUGGAGCAGAAGCACCAGCAGUAGUGCCACAAACGUCUGCUGUUUGGAUGCUGUUUGACGAGAGAGCAACUGGGGAUGCAGCACGAAGGAAUCCCUCAGCAGAUGCCAUAAUGGAGGUCCGGUCCUAUUUGGAGGAGCCCCUCCAUAGAUCUGCAGAUACUCUGAGCUGAUGGAAGAACAAGGCCUCUGUCCUCCCACGGCUAUCUAAAGUCAUGACAGGGAGACUCUGCAUAGUGGCCACAUCCGUUCCCUCUGAGAGGGUCUUCUUGAAAACGGGACAAAUAAUUACUGAGAGAAGAAUCUGCAUCAAGUGAGGCAGCUUGCUUUUCUGAAUGCAAAUUUCUCAUAAAAGCAAAAUCUGGUCAGCAUUGCUGUGUGCUGCUGGUUAUAACAUGGCAAUAAAGAAUAGAGAGAAAAGAGGGACCAGUUUAAUGUUUUAAGUGGGAUGCUACAGUUUUGCACAUGAUUUAUUUUUCUUUGAUAUGGUGCAUUAUUCUAUUAUUAUGUUGUUCAGAUUGUACUCGUUUUGAAUUGUUACAUUUAUAUGCACUUUGUUUAUAUACAUUAAAAAAGUUAUACUUUAAAUGCACAUGUGUAAAAACAUCCCUUUUACAUUUAUUUCAAUUUGUGGGAUGCUGCAGUUUUGCAAAUUGUUAUUUAUUUUUCUUUGAUAUUGUGCAAUAUUCUAUUAUGCUGUUCAGAUUGUAUUCGUUUUGAAUGUUUAGAUGUAUAUGCACUUUGUUUAUAUACAUUACAAAUGUAUAAUUUAAAUGCAAAUGUUUAAUAGUAUUAUAUUACAUAACAAACCAAUGCAUUUUUAAAUACAUUGUGGUUAAGGUAGAUUAUGAUUUCAUUUAAUAAUUUAAUUAUAAUUGUUUUCACAGAAAUCAUAGUCAAACUAUCGCAAACGGUUUGACUUGAAAAAAUACAAGACAUAUUUUUUUUAAAGAGCCGUUUGGGAGCCAAAAGAGCCGAGCCGACUCACUGAAAAGAGCCGGAAUGCCCAUCACCACCUAUUGCCUAUGGCCGAAAAACUAGUAGUGCGCUAUGAUGACAUAUGGGAGGGGCAUCCGAGCAGUGAGCUAUGUUGUAUUUGGUUGUAUGUGUAACUUCUUAUUUAUACCUCAGUGUGUAACUCCGAGUCGGGGAGAUGAUGAAGAUUAGCCUACGCACUAUGUAAAAUUGUUACAGCAGCACAGCCAUUCGUAACUAUUUGGCGCUCGCGCCACGUGGAGCGAAAGGCUACAUUUAUCUGUUACAUUUUAUCCUACAUGUUAUCGCUUUGGUUUUUAGCAACAAACGUAUUUUUUGUUGCGUUGCAAUAAUGAAAACACAGUGAUCUGACUGCCGCACUUCUCAUCUCUACAAGUUUCAACCGAUCCCCCGAGCACAGGAUGAAGGGUCGGACAGACGCCCCGCGCGAUCGGGGCUGGUUGGUGGGGGUUAUCUUCUUCAUCCUGGGACUCGGGACGCUGCUACCAUGGAACUUCUUCAUGACCGCCUCCAUGUAUUUCAACAGCCGCCUUAACAAGACUGAACGGAGCAACGGCACGGUGGUCUCCCACAAAGAGUACUACUUCAACAACUGGAUGACUCUGCUGUCCCAGCUCCCCCUGCUGCUCUGCACUCUGCUCAACUCCUUCUUCUAUCAGCGGAUAUCGGAGAUGGUGCGGAUAGCGGGCAGCCUGGUCUUCAUCUUCAUCCUCUUCAUCCUCACUGCCAUCCUGGUCAAGAUCCCCAUGGAGGAGGACCGUUUCUUCUCUGUUACCAUGGCUACCAUCUGGUUCAUCAACUCGUUUGGAGCGGUGCUACAGGGCAGUCUGUUUGGCCUGGUGGGCCUCCUUCCUCAGAAGUACAGCGCUGUGUUCAUGAGUGGCCAGGGGCUGGCCGGCACCUUCGCUGCUAUCGCCAUGCUGGUCUCCAUAGCCAGUGAUACGGACCCUGAGACGGCUGCGUUGGGUUACUUCAUCACGCCGUGUGUAGGAACCCUGAUCACUUUGCUUAGCUACCUCCUACUGCCUCGCCUGGAGUUUGCCCAGUUUUACUUGGACAAGAGCAGGAGUUAUGAGGUGGAGACUGCAGGUGAGCUGCUGAAAGUGACAGAGAGUGGCAAGGCGGAGAACGGCAAGCUAUAUGGCCACGCCAAUGGCUCAUUGGCCAAUGGAGGUGCCAGUGGCGAGGAGGUGGAGGUAAAGGGGGCUGGGGUCAGUCCCAAGCAGGCCUUCUUAACCCUGGAGCAGGCUGAGGUCAGGGACAGGAAGUCCACCGUCAAGGAGGUGUUUAAAAAGAUAUGGGUGAUGGCUUUCUGUGUGGUUUUUGUCUUCACCGUCACUCUCGCUGUGUUCCCCGCCGUCACUGUGGACGUCAAGACUCUAUACCCUGGGAAAUGGGAACCUUAUUUCAUCUCUGUGUGCUGCUUCCUCAUUUUCAACGUGUGUGACUGGAUCGGCAGAACUGUCACCACCCUGGUCCAGUGGCCCCCCAAGGACAGUUGUCUGUUCCCGGGGCUGGUGGUCUCCAGGGUGGUGUUUGUUCCCCUGCUGAUGUUCUGUAACGUCCAGAGCCGCUCCUACCUCCCCGUCCUCUUCUCCCACGACGCUGCCUUCGCCUUCAUCAUGAUGCUCUUCUCCCUCUCCAACGGAUACUGCGUCUGCCUCUCCAUGUCCUACGCCCCACAGUUGGUGGCUCCUAAAGAUGCAGAGACGGCCGGGGCCCUGAUGACUUUCUUCCUGGCCCUGGGCCUCUCCAUCGGGGCCGCCCUGUCCUUCCUGCUGCGACUACUGGUCUAGACACAUACACACAUCAGAGGACCACCACCAUCAGUCAACAGCCACCUCCAUCCCCAUCCGUAAAGUGACGGGACACGCCAUGACAUCAUCCACUUCCAUCGUCAUACCUAGAAGGACCCAGGCUGGGAAUAGAGCUGCCUAAAGAAAAGCCUGCAUCAAAAUGAUAUUAGUACUGACCACAAUAGAUAUUAUACCAGGGAUUGAAUAUCAUCUCCCCAGCUGCCUGACAUGCACAACACGUAUUGAAAUAACUGAGAUAUGAAGGGUAUGACGCUACAUGACUAGCUACUUUACCACUGGUUUACAGUGGUUAGUAGUAAAAGACUCUGGUUGUCUCUCAUCGGACAACAAUGAAUAGACACAGUCGGUGCCAAACUGUUUUAAACUUGGGUGGUUAUUUUUGAGUUGGACCAUUUUAAGGAGGUUUUUGUAUAAUGUUUGUUUCCCUGUUGUUUUCUUAAGGCACUAACCUUAGUCAAGAACAGUAGCUAGAGGAGUUUAUGGAGAACUAAUGGAUUGUUCCACAAAGUAGAUCAUUUUCUCACGGAAGUCUUAUUUUCAUAACGACAUCAGAUUAAAUCAGGAUUACUAGCUCUGAUGAGUAAGUACCUAUAUUUUUCAACAAUUUGAUUUGAUUGAAAACGUUUGAUUUAUUUUGGAUAUCAUGACAAUAUGAAAUAGUACAUUAUUUUUGCACGGAAGACCAAUUCAAUUAUUUCCCUUAGUUUGCAUUUCGGUCUGUGGACAUCAGCACACUCAUGUCAUUCUAGCCCAUUGGAGUGGAGAGGACCACUUGGGGUGUGUUCAAUAGAGUGAAAUGUAGUUCAUAGAAAAUACUCCAUUCGCUUCCUGUUCAUGUCAGGAUAAUGGCCCAGUAGGACAGGUUUUAGAAACAGGAUAUGAUGCAGUGUAAUGAUAGGAACAGAGGGCAAGGAGGUGAUGGGAACCAGACCACAUUCCACUCCUCCUCCUUCCCACUGUUCUCCUGAGGGUAGCGUUCAGUCUGACCAUAACAGUGUUUCCCAAAUUCGGUCCUUGGGACCCCAGAGGGUGCACGUUUUGUUUUAAUGUCCCAGCACUACACAGCUGAUUCAAAUAAUCAACUAAUCAUCAGGCUUUUGAUAAUAUAAAUCAGAU